AUGCAAACGGCGACGAACAAUGGACACAAUGGUGCAGUAUCUAGUGUGCGCCAUAGUCAUUCCUGCCUUAAAUUUAUGCUCCAAGGUAUCCUGAUCCUUGGAUCCCAACCAUCAUUGCUGGCCGCCCUAAUAGGAACUGUAAUGCGCCAUGUAACUGGAAAACUCUGCGACUUUCCAGAAGCAUUCUUCCACCACUGGAAGGGUGCGCACAUCCCACUGUUGCAGACGCGAGUGUUUGGAGAAAGCAAUACUACGACUGCAGCUGCACGAUCGUGUGGCACCACCUGGGAGGCAAUGGGGGAUAAGCCGACAGCUCCAACGCGACGGCUCUUCCAGGAAAACCUGCGCGAGUAG